AUGGCUCAAGGGUUAUUUUUGGCUUUGUUGACUAGUUUACUAGUUGUUAUGAUUAUGAUUAUUAAAUUGUUGACAGGGCCGAGAGCUUGGACUCUCAGCUUCCAUUUGCAUUCGGUGCAGCUUCUGAAGGAUUUCUCCUCUCGAACAUAUACUACGGAUUUCGAUUCUAUGCGACUGGUAGUAUCUGCAGUAUACUCCCUUUCGAUAACGUACAAGUCGCGAUGUACUAGCAAUUCAACGGAACCUUCUGAAGCAGCCAAAAUUGAGAGAUACGCAAGAGAUCCAUACAGAGCCUCGGUUCGAGGGCAGACAACACUCUUCCGCAUCUUAGCAGUGGACAAGUCCCUGACUGUUCGAAACACAGUUCCUUUUCCUACCAAAUCGCACGGAUGCCUUUAUGUCACCACCUUCCUGUCAGGUAAUUGCGCCGCAUCAUUCAUUCCUAUGGUAUAUACAUACCCUUUCCACCACGGAAACAACAAUAUUCCUCGGGAAGAAGUCCAGGCCCAGCUAUUUGCCACGGGGGCUAGAAAUGGCUGCUCGCUGAAGCUUCUUCCUUCUUGUGCUGUUGAUGUUUUUUCCUCCGAGAUGAUAGCCCCGGAGCUGAACAUAUUUCAUGAUGAUGAUGAUGAUGAUGGUGAUGAUGAUGAUGAUGAGUUCAGGAGCGCCUGA